AUGGACGACGGCAAGAAGAGCGGAUCGUUUGUGCACCUGGGCGCGGGAGCGCUCUCGGGCGUCACAUCAUGCGUCCUACUCCAGCCGUUUGACCUGCUAAAGACACGAAUGCAGCAGAGCUACACACAGCAGGCCAUGGUUCUCCGACAAAGCUCGAUUUUGAAAUCAGCGCAGGCUGUUGUAGCGCAAGACGGCGUGCGCGGGCUGUGGCGCGGCACCAUCCCGACACUCAUUAGAAACGCACCUGGAACCUCGCUCUACUUUUACUUUCUGAAUCACACACGGAAUGCAUGCAUGGCGCUCGAACGACGCGUGCACCACGAUCCGACACGCACCAAGCUCAGUCCUUCGAGCAACAUGCUGGUCGGCGCCUCAUCGCGGGCCUUUGCUGGAUUCCUGCUGAUGCCCGGGACGGUGCUCAAGGUGCGGUAUGAGAGCAAUCUGUACAAGUACCACGGCAUACUGGACGCUUUGCGUGAUAUGUGGCGCACGCAGGGUUUGCGCGGGUUUUUUGUGGGAGCAGUGCCAACGGCCAUCCGAGAUGCACCGUACGCCGGACUCUACAUGCUUUUGUACGAGGCUACAAAGCAGCGCGAGCGCGCAUGGGCGGCCAAGCAGAAUAUCAAGUUGGCCGAGACCACGGUCACCAUGGGUGCGGGUGUCAUUAGUGGACUGACAGCAUCGUACAUAACCCAGCCGUUUGAUCUGGUGAAGACCCGGAUGCAGGUGCGUCCGAGCGAGUACACGAGCGUGAUGCAGGCGUUUGUGAAGAUUGCACGAGAGGAGUCGUUUUUGGGAUUCUUCAGGGGCAUCUCGCUGCGUGUUCUGAGGAAGGGCAUCCAGGCGUCGCUGGUAUUUACGUUGUAUGAGUGGGUGCUGAGAAAUAACGCAAAGAGUACAGCCAGUAAGACUGAAAUGAAGGCGUAG